AUGGCUCUAAAGGAGGAGCCUCGACCUGAAGCACUUACUCCAACCCUGGAAAAAACACGCUCCCUCGGGAGGCAAACCCAGAGCUCAGCUCCCGUGACGACCACUGUGAUCAACAUCCGUAGUGAGACAGCCGUGCGCGACCACAUCAUCUGGUCCCUGUUCAACACCAUCUUCAUGAACUGGUGCUGCCUGGGCUUCGUGGCCUUCGCCUACUCCGUGAAGUCCAGGGACCGGAAGAUGGUGGGUGACCUGGCUGGGGCCCAGACUUAUGCCUCCACCGCCAAGUGCCUGAACAUCUGGGCCCUGGUCCUGGGCCUCCUUCUGACCACUGGAUCCAUUGCCUCCACCGCCAAGUGCCUGAACAUCUGGGCCCUGGUCCUGGGCCUCCUUCUGACCAUCACGGUCAUCAUUUUCUUUGUCACUGGAUCACUGAUGAUUUCCCAAACAAUUUCGGAGAUCAUAAAACAUUAUGGAGCGUACUCGUAG